CAACGCCAGAUCACACGAAUUUAACGCCGCGCAAUUGGUCCCGCCAUGAUCCAUCUCAUCCCUUUUUGAAGUCGCAAGGACAGAUAAACGACAAACCAAAGGACAGUAAUCUCUACUCCGCAAGCCCUUGCUUGAUCAAGCCACAGCAAGACUCCGCCCGCCCACUUCCCCCCUUUCGGCUUGGGGAUGUGGGAUUGGCUUGUGAAUUUUGGCAAGAAAGUCAAGGUGCAAGCUGGCAGGAACUCAGGAUACAUAUGAGCUCGGCAAAACCGUGGCUGUCCAGACAAGAGCCGCAACAGGAGCAACCCGCAGCUCCUCCAAUUAGCUGCGAAAAGGUGUCAAUUCGUCGAGAUCCAAACUCCAUACUUGACUUAGUGGACACCGGUCAUUAGCUCUAACACGGGAUUCAAUGCUCACGGUCAGAGCACUCUAGCAUCGCAAACACCCACGACACUCCUUUGAAGUUAUAGCGAUCGAUCGGAUCUAUACAUAUCCGAUAAUGUACUUCGUCUCUGCGGCUAAGGCCCUCGUGGCCGCUGCUGUCUUCUCAGCCGUCACUGCUCACAACAUCGUCCUGCCUGCUCAUGGCCGUGAAUGCUUCCACGAGUCCCUACACAAGGACGACACUAUGACUGUCACUUUCCAGGUUGGCGAUCGCGAAUUCGGCAGCGCAGGCAACCUUGACAUUGACUUCUGGAUCACCAACCCCGCUGGUCAAUACGAGACAAACGAGAAAAGUAUCUCCAACGGCGAUUAUUCAUUCACAGCUAAGCAUGAUGGCAAAUACAUAUACUGCUUCGGAAACGAGAACUGGGGCGCCAACACCAAGGAAGUCUCCUUCAACGUCCACGGAAUCGUCUACGUGAGCGAGCACGAAAUGCCUGCCGACCCCCUCGACCGUGAAGUUCGGAAGCUGUCCGAUCUUCUUGCCCAGGUCAAGGACGAACAAGAAUACAUCGUGAUGCGUGAGCGCACCCACCGAAACACCGCCGAGAGCACCAACAGCCGAGUCAAGUGGUGGAACAUGUUCGUCAUUGGAGUUGUCAUUGGUGAAUCUCUUUUCCAGGUCUGGUGGCUGCGACGUUUCUUUGAGGUCAAGCGGGUGGUUUAAGGAGUAGACUUGGGUGCAUGACGGCAUGAUAAAAGACCAACUCACUAAAAUACUUGGAAAUGUCGUUUGCUUGAUGAACCGCAAGUGUGAAGAACGGAUUGGCGCGGCAUUCUAUUGGGAGCAUUUCCGGGAGGAUGAAACAAUCAUACAAAAGAGCAAUUCCAAUUUUGGGCAAAUAUGAUAAUAUGGAGAUUGUGUAAUAUAACAUUUUACGUGGACAAGAGCCUAUGUCGCUUGCAUCUGGAUCAAGGCAGGGCCCCAGGAAGUCUACGUGGCUGCUUUCAUGUUAUUUUACAAAUCAUCUUCGAUAUAUGUACACAGUCUUAAAUUUCAAAUUCAUUUAUUCAACCCGCGU